AUGAUGCCAAUUGAUGCCCCGCCUGUAAGCACAAGGGUGCAAGCGGGAGAAGGAGUUAUGAGUGUUGGCAUGGGGUCGAAAGCUGGUAUGGGGGGAAGUGGUUCAUCAAAAGAUGGAAGUGAUGCGAAGGUUGUUGGCAGAGUAAUGUUUACUCAAAUUCCUACUUCGUUACCCAAAACUUCAUUCUCAAUUGUUUCCACUACGGUUACAACAAGGCCUUUAGUGAAAGGAGUUGUCAUUGGGGAAUCAAGUUCAUCGAAGCCACCUCAAUCAACUAAAAAAGAAAAAGGCAAGGGAAAAGGUAUUAGUGUUGAACCAACUAUCGAAGAGAAGAAGGCUGCCUUAGAAAAAGAAAUGGAAAGGCAAAGAAAAAUUCAAAGCAUUCUUCGUCAAAGGCAAAGUGACCUUCCUGGUAUGGAAAAGGGUGAUCCUACGAAACAUUACAACUAUGAAACUAUAGAAGCUAUGGUGUUACAUGCGGAAAUGCGUUAUUUCUAG